AUGCUCAUGGCAAAGCUAGACUACAUGCAGCACAGUGUUCUGGAACUACAGACCGAAUUGGCGAAGCAGCGGGAAGAGACUGCGCAAAGCCAUGCUGACACCAAGGCGCAUAUGAUCGUGGGACUAGACAACAUGCAGCAAAGUUUUCUGGGACUACAGAGCGAAUGGGCAAAGCACCGGGAAGAAGCUGCGCAAAGCCAAAAUAACAGCGAUAAGAACCUGGUCGAGAUUAAAAGGGGCGUGCAGAACAAUUUCGAUUCAAUGCGUCGAUUGGAGGAUGAUGUUGGACGCAACUUUACUCUCCUACAGGAACGAUCAUGGCAGAUCUUGACGCAAAUACUUACGCCCUAUCGCUCGUGCAGUGACAUUCGGAAUGCACAGUCUGGGGUAUAUAUUAUCCAGACGAACGAUGAAAGCAACCGUUUUAUGGCGUACUGUGAGCGGGAUAUGAUGGGUAAAGGCAUCUGGUUGGUGAUACAGCACCGAUUCGAUGGAUCGCUAAACUUCUAUCGCAACUGGACCGAGUAUCGGAAUGGUUUUGGUGACAUUGAAAAGGAGUUCUGGAUUGGACUGGAACGACUACAUCAGCUGACAACGGGGCGACCCCAUGAACUGAUGGUUGAGCUGAGAGACUUUAAGAGGAAUUAUAAAUUUGCACUCUACGCAGCAUUCGAGAUCGGCAGUGAAUCCGAACAAUACAAUCUGAAAACACUUGGAGCGUACCAAGGGACUGCAGGCGAUUCUCUUUCAUUUCACAAGAAUAUGAAAUUCACGACGUAUGAUCGUGAUAAUGACCGACAUAGUUCCGAAAAUUGUGCUGAGAUACGUGAGGGUGCCUGGUGGUACUACAACUGCUUGACCUCAAAUUUGAACGGGCGAUACAAGAAUAUAGUAAGUGCUAAAUCGAUGAGCUGGUUCUUCUUCAGCAAUUCCUAUGAAGGACUGAGCUUUUCAAGAAUGAUGAUCCGACCAAAAUGA